GUGAUGUGGGUGUACAUGAACAGGAGAUGGAAAUGGAGAAGAUGGAGGAACAGGCGAAUGAGAUCAAGAAGAGCAUGGCUUCUAGAGAUGAGGAAGAUGCAAAAGAUGUGGAGAGGAUGAGGAGAGAGUUGAUCAAAAGCAUCACCAGCAAUUGGGAAGAUGUGGUAAAGAUAUACAAGCAGGAUCCAAGAGCUCACAAGAUCAAGCUUGGUAAAUCAGGGAACACAGCAUUGCAUAUGGCAGUUGCAAGUGGACAAGAAGAUAUAGUUGAACAACUGGUCAAACUGAUUAAUGAGAGGAGUGAAAACGCUUUGGAUGUUCUAUCCAUAAAAGGUGGAGAUUUGGAGAAUAAUCCUCUGCAUUUGGCAGCUUCUUUGGGAAGCAUUCGCAUGUGUAAAUGUAUCAUUAGUGAUAAGCAUAAACAAUUAUUGGGUACUCGCAACAGCAUUUCUGGAACGCCUAUGUACAUGGCGGUUUACCAUGCUAAGAAAGACACUUUCCUUUGGCUCUAUGAAAUGUGUGACGACUCCGCCCAAGCCCAUGCCUACUGCCAUGGCUAUCGUGGUAUAACUGUUCUUCACAUUGCCAUCGCAAAUGGAUACUGGGAUUUGGCAUUUCAAAUCAUUCACAGGCUGGAAGGUCUCAUGGAUUCUGUUAACGGCUAUGGAAACUCCCCUCUUCACAUGCUGGCUCUGACGCCUACUGCAUUUAGAAGUGGCAUUUCUCUCAGCUUUUUCCAGAGUAUCAUUUACAGCUGCAUAUACGUUGAAGAGCUCAUCCUGGAGACUUUCAAAGAGAAAAAGGAGGUGGAGAGCCUUUGCUAUCCAAACAAAUAUCAAACAUGUAUCAACUUCUUUCAAGUGCUAUGGAAGAUGAUUAAAUUACUAGUGACUGGCCAAAAAAGUGUACGAAAAUCAAACAAGCGGUUAGAUGCAGAAAAUCCUGAAGAAGAGCAAGGCCACCAUUCAAGCACUGGAGCUCAAGGCCGUCAAGUUUUCCCCUCAAGAUAUGAUAGAUGCUUGAACUUCUUCGGGCUUAUUCUAUCCAGACUGGUUGAUGACAGCUCAAUAAUGCUGGGAUCAAGUGAGAUAAAGACGCUAAAAGAGAUAAAAGAGACGCAUGUAUGGUCUGUUCAAAUCAUGAACAAACUACUUGAACAUGCUGUGAGGUCUGAAUAUGAAAUGAAUCCUCAAAACGAUGAGACAAGUGAGGCACUUUGCUAUUCAGAGUAUGACGUCUUCAGAAGAGGCGAAGCUUUUCAGACACCAAUACUAGCUGCAGUAGAGAACGGUGUCAUUGAAAUAGUAGAAAAAAUCCUGCAAGUAUUUCCUAUGACCAUUCAUGACAGGGACAACACAUGGAAGAACAUAGUGCUGGCAGCAGUGGAGUCUAGACAAGAGCAUAUAUAUGACUUCUUACUUAAGAGGAAGAGUGAUGUUGUUGAUAAAGACCUUGCAUUUCGUGAGAGGGAUAAGAAUGGGAAUACUGCAUUGCAUACAGCUGCAAAGCUAGAAAAUCUCGCAUAUAUGCCCAUCAGCAUGUUGCAACUGCAGAGGGAAGUCAAAUGGUACGAGCAUGUGAAGAACACCUUGCCAACCAAUUUCUAUAUCGGUACAAAUGAGGAUGAAAAGAGAGCACUGCAAAUCUUUACAGAAACACAUGGACAACUCCUUGACAAAAGCAAAGAAUGGCUCAACAGCACAUGCAAUUCUUGCUCUUUCCUUGCAGCUCUGAUAUCAACUGUCGCCUUUGCCUCAUCAGCCACCGUACCAGGCGGGGUCGACCAAGAUACUGGCGAGCCUAUUUUCCAACACGAUUUGGCUUUUAAAUUUUUUGCAAUGGCAUCCCUGGUUGCUCUUUGCUCGUCUUUCAUCUCUUUGCUCCUAUUUUUCGCCAUUAUCACUUCCAAGUACGACUAUAAAGGCUUCAGUAACAACUUGCCUCGGAAUCUUAUACUAGGUUUAACCUCUCUCUUUGUAUCCAUGGCGGCCAUGUUAUUAUGUUUCUGCUCUGGGCACUUCUUAAUGCUUGAUGAUCAUUUGAAAUAUGCUGCUAUCCCGGUAUACGCACUCACCUUCUUGAUAGUCACAUACUUUGUCCUCCAACAGUUCCCAUCGUAUUUUGUUCUUCUGAGGGCCACAUUUAAGAAGGUGCCUCAGCGUGUGUACCGGCAAGAUCCAUUGUAGGAUUUUCUAUUUCCCUUUGUUCUUCUGAGGACAUUAUGCCAAAUUUGUGAUGGCUAGAUCAAAUAUUAGUUGAUGUAAUCUUUCAACCACUUUGUGUCUUAGAAAUAUAUGCUUAUAAUCUUCC